AUGGAAAACUACUACACAUUGAGCGGGAACCAAGAGGGCGUUGCUAGCUGUUAUCGCAUAGCAGAGGAUUCAGAAGGCGUUAUAAGCAUGUGGGUGUUUCAGAGAGGGCUUCACAGCUCCCGGAGCGUGCUAGCGCGGACGCGGUACACCAAGCCAAAGCCGAAGCCGCCUCGUCGGAGCAAGGUGCGGGCGCCGACGCAGACAACACACCACGACACAGACCUGAAGGUGACUGCGCCGAUUCCACCGGCGGCCGCGAACCUUGAGUGCAACCCGGAGCACCCGCUGUGGCAGUUUUUCGACGGAGGGCGGUUCAUGCGUUCGGCGGAGGAGCUGGACGACAAAUCGCGGCCGUGGACGGUGCCGGAGCUGCGGCGGAAAUCAUUCGACGACCUGCACUCGCUGUGGUACGCAUGCCUGAAGGAGCGCAACAUUCUGGCGCGUGAGAUGCACCUGCGCCGGAACAUGCAGGAAGAGGGAUCUGCGCAUGCGCAGCUAGAUGAGCGGGUACGCACGACGAUGUGGAGGAUACGGCACGUGUUGAGCGAGCGCGACUGGGCAUACCGGUUGGCCCACGCGGAGCUGGGCACGCAACAGGCGCCGCUGCUGCGCGAGGUGGAGGAGGCGUUCCUGGCGGUGCCCGAGGCGGAGGACGGAGAGGCGUUUGACAUGCUGGCGCGGCUGCAGCGCGCUGUUUUUGGCAUUAGCGAGUACAUUGAAGAGAACUUGGUCGACCGCCGCUUUGUGGACGGCUUGAAAUACAUUGCCACGCUGAAGUUGCGGCGGUUCGCGCCGCGCGAUGCGGCCGUGGAGCAGUUGCUGCAGGCAUCGGAGGGCGGCAUAACCGAUGCCGGCGAGGCAUUUGUGAUCUUCACUGCGGAGAACACGCUUGCGGAUGUGAAGGAGGCUGCGGACGCGGUCAACGAGUUGCGGGAACAGGGGAACAAGGUGGACCGCUACGAGGAGAUUGCAACUGUUGCCCAGUAUUUGAAAAAGCUGGCCAACGCUAAGAAGGUUGCUGCGUGA